UCUCUCUCUCCCUCUCUCUCUCUCUCUCUCUCCCUCGCCCGCUCCCUGUCAGUCUCUCCUCUCUCUUCAACAGGACACACGUCUCAACUGACGGCAGCAAAAUGCAUCUGGCAAAUUCUUUUAUCAAAGGCCUCGUUAAUGUUGUGAGCAACAUCGACCCGGCUCAGUUUAAGCCUUCAGCCCCUCCCCCUCAACGCAGGCCUUUGAACUUCGCCGAGUCUCAGGACACCGAAGAGGACAAACAGUUUCGUCGAGUUUUCCAACAGCUGGCUGGAGAUGUGAGUCCCUAUCUCUGUUUCCCGGUCUAUCUCUUCCUGAUGUAUUUGGUAUUUUAUGUUCCAGGUGGAGACCUGAAGACGGACGGUUUCAGCAUCGAGUCCUGCAGGAGCAUGGUCGCUGUCAUGGACAGCGACAGCACCGGUAAACUGGGCUUCGACGAGUUCAAUGGCUCCAGCUGA